CUGCAGCCUCCUCCCACUCCCUUUUUCUUCUAAAAACCAUACUGGUAGUGCCAAGUCUCGGGACAAAGAUUUCCCAGUUUUAAUCAACAUUAAUGAUUUCUUGUAGAAAUUGGUGUUUCUUGUUCCCUAAGCUUAAACCCAUUAAUAAUUGCUUGACCUGAGCUGCGCCUGAGCCUACGAUGUCCUUCCACUCUUCUGCUUUUUGCAUCGCUCCGUUUCUUGCUUUCAUUGGAGGCUGCUUUGGUAUUUGUGCCAAAUCUAUGGAAGACCCUCCUUCAUCAAAUGCAUUGGGAACGAAUGGGCAGUCGUUGAUGAAAACAAGCAUAUCUGAUGGUUUUUGGAGUACUAGCACCCACGACUUGGAGAACAUUAUUAAACUCAUGCCUCCGGGAAGUACUAGCAGCAGCCAUGAUGAUGAGUUUGUAAAUCAGGGUUAUCUAAAAUGGCAUCAGAAUAGGCUUCAGUGGCUGGGAUGUGAAAAGCCCAAGAAAAAGAGAAGUUCUUGGAAACCAACACUAAAUAGCUGGGAUGCUUCCUACGAAUGCGCAAUGGAGACUAAUAAGCCUUUCCAUUGCCCCGUGCCCCUCUCGGUGAGUGUCUUUUUCUAGUCAACACUUGUCACAUUACGUUUGUUUUUGUGUUCGAUUUUGGCGGUGCUAUAACUAUAAGCACGCGCGUUUCACUGACUCUUAUAUUGUAUCAGGAGUUGGUUGACCUUCUUGUGGAUACAUGGGAGGAAGAUGGAUUAUAUGACUUACAAACCUGAUUUGAUAUCCAAUUAUGCAGCUCAAAGGAGCCAAUUUUUCUGUCCUUUUUCUUGUUGUGCAAACUGGAAGGGACACAAGAAUCAGAUUUGUAUGAGUUGUGUGUAUAAUUUGGCCCUUGUAGGUUAUAAUUAACCCUUAUAUAGGACUCUUCUUGGUCCUUAGCUAGAUGCCUAGAUAAAAGCACCCCCAUAAAGUCUCACGUGUUGA